AAAAACCCCAAAGGGCCCGCGGCAAAGCAAAGCAAAGCAAAGCAACCAAAACAACGAGCCGGCUCAGCAGCCACCGUCUUUUCCCUCCGCCUCCUCCGCUUCCCAGAAAAAGCGACGAGCCCGGCUCCAGAAGCCCAGCCGGCGGCACCGUCCCAUCGCCUGGAUUCUCCUUCUUGUCCACGUCCUUCCCCUUCUUCUCCAUCCCCCCCCCCCCCCGGUGAAGCGAGAGAGGACGAGUGUGGCUUGGAAGGGAGAUUGACCCCUCGCCCGCCCCAACCAUGCAGAAUUACAAGUACGACAAGGCGAUCGCUCCGGAGAGCAAAAACGGAGGCAGCCCCGCGUUGAACAACAAUCCGACCAAAAGCCCCAGCAAGAAAGUUUUCCUCAUUUGCCUCGACCUCGUCUGCCUCUUCUUGGCUGGUCUGCCAUUUCUGAUCAUCGAAACAAGCACCAUCGCACCCUAUAAACGGGGAUUUUACUGUAAUGAUGAAAGCAUCCGCUACCCGCUGAAAAGUGGAGAGACCAUCAAUGAUGCUGUCCUUUGUGCUGCAGGCAUUCUUAUAACCAUACUUGCCAUCAUCAUAGGAGAGUUCUAUCGGAUCCAUUGCUUGAAGGAGAAGUCCCGGUCUUUUAUCCAAAAUCCAUAUGUGGCAGCUUUGUACAAACAAGUGGGAUGUUUUGCCUUUGGUUGUGCCAUCAGCCAGUCCUUCACAGAUAUUGCCAAAGUGUCUAUUGGACGCCUGAGGCCCAAUUUCAUUGCAGUUUGCAACCCGAAUUUUACACUGAUCAACUGUUCCAAAGGAUAUAUCCAAGACUAUGAGUGCCUUAACCCUGAUGAAAGCAAAGUCCAGGAAGCAAGAAAAUCGUUUUUCUCUGGCCAUGCCUCCUUUUCUCUGUACACCAUGCUUUAUUUGGUGCUCUACCUGCAAGCCAGAUUUACUUGGAGAGGAGCCCGCCUGCUGCGUCCUCUGCUACAGUUUACAUUGAUCAUGAUGGCAUUUUACACAGGACUUUCUCGUGUGUCUGACCACAAACACCAUCCAACGGAUGUACUGGCAGGCUUCACACAGGGAGCCCUGGUGGCUUAUUGCGUGGUGUUUUACGUCUCGGACCUCUUCAAGCAGAAAAUAAAGACUUCUCCUCCCCCUCCAAUCCGGAGGGAGAUACUUUCACCUGUGGACAUUAUUGACCGGAACAACCAUCACAACAUGGUGUAGACAUUGGGUGGGGGGAGGAAUUGUUUGGGGCUUUGUUUUUUGUUUUGUUUUGCAAAAUGACUGCUGACAGCAACUACCUGCUGCUCAAAAUCUCAUCAGACAGUAGAAUGUAGGGAGAGACUCUUGCCUGACCAGUGAGAUCUUAUUCUGUGGCCUUUUUCAUUCUUACAACAUUUGCAUAAAAUGGAUGCAGUUCGGCUAAGUGUAAGUCAAAGGCAACAAUUACAAAAUGAAUCAAAACAUGAUGCAGGAAUUCUAUAUGUGCAAUUGGCUGAGUGUUCAUGUUGUAGUGAAUGUGAAAUUGUUCAUAGCUUUUUGAACACUAAAUGAUUACUAGGCCAUCUGUGCUUUUUAAUUAUAUUUUUUUAACUAUGAAGAUUUCCAAUUCCAGCAGGCAGGGAUGAGGGAAAAUAGCGCUGACCAACUAGGUUAUAGCGAUGUCUAUAAGGAAUAAGCACUGAUUCAUGAAUUGUGAUCACUUUUUAAACUACCCCCACCCCCAGUUGUCUAUGGCUCUGUUCCAUGCUGUGACUCACUUUUGGUUCAGGAGACACAUACCAGCUAAAAUGGUGGAAAGAUGUAUUUUCUCACUGCAGAAACCCUGAAAUACAUACCUGUCUAUACCCAAUAAUGCAUAACUGAAUCUACUUAUAAAACUGAAUUCAAGUUAUUUCACAGUACUCCUAACUAUAAAAGUUAUUCCAUAUUUAUUUCAAUCUAUCUAAUUUUCCUCAUAAACUGUGUGGUAUGCUCAUGAUGUUUUCAUUCUCAUACUUUGGAGAGUAAGUCAGAAUUGUCAAAUAAGGGACACUCAUGAGGUGUGGAAUCCUUGUGCCUCCCUUAUGUGUUGUAUACAGUGUUGUAUUAAAUGUUCAGCCUGCAUCAAAUUUGCUUGAUGGCCUAGUACAAUCAUCCCCUUUGAUUCCAUUGACCCAAACAAAUCAAGAAAUCUAUUUUCUUAAUGGUCACCACAUUUUGGACUCACAAUAUAUUGUCUUGUUUGUGGUCAGUCUUGUUCUAUGUUAGCACUACAGGUUCUGAGGUUGAAACUCAGAACAUAACUCCUCCAAGUAAGAGGCAGACUGCUGGGCAGGACUGCCCUGGCCUGAUUGAUAUUCAUUCAAAUCCUUCAUGUAUUUUUCAUUGCCUGAUGAAAAGGGAUCAUUCUUAAGUAGAGUCCAGUCUUCCAGCCCACUGUGGGUAUAUAGAAAUGAGACUUCCAUCAUGCCCGUCCAGCAGGAUCAAUGGUCAUUCUGGUUUGGGAUGAUGAAGUCCUUGUGAAAAAUAUCUGGAGGGACAUGGUUUUUAGGGAGGGCUGCUUUAGACAAUAGACUUAAUUCUGUUUUCAGGAAUACCAGGAGCAUCUAAAGAAAGCUGAUGAGAGCAAACCUAGUUCUAGGCAUUCAAAUAGAACUGCAAAAAAAGAGAGAAGUUUUUAAACAGAGGCAGACAGAUUUGUGUUU